CUCUUCACUAACAUCCACCACCAGACGGGGGACCAGCAAAACACCGACGGCGCCACUUCGACAACGACUGCUCUCAACUCCUUCGAGUCCUCAACUGUCUUAAUUACACACCCAUCUCUGUUCCCUCUCUAAAAAAAAUCUUCCUUUGCUCUUCUCUGCUCUGCUUAGGUGAUUUUUCACUUCCAAAAAUGGCGGCUAUCACUACUCUCUUAACCGACGCUUCCGUCGUCUCCACCGCCGCCGCUGAUUUAUCGUCUUUCCGUAGCAUAACCGACCACUCCCUGUUUGAAUCCGGAACCAAUCGGAUUAAUAAACGGCGUCUCUUCAUCUCUAGGGGAGACUCAUUUUUUCCCAUCAGAUCCAUGCAAAACAUCCAAACCGGAGUUGUUACUUCCACCAACGGCCAUUUCAACGCCGACAAGGUGAAAUCUCCGGCUGAGGUGUUGGACGGUGAGGGUUUAGGACAAAUGCAAAUGAACUCGAGUCCUCGGAGGAAAACCAAGAUUGUCUGUACCAUCGGCCCUUCGACGAGCUCGCGUGAGAUGAUUUGGAAACUGGCCGAGGCCGGAAUGAAUGUGGCCCGAUUGAACAUGUCCCAUGGAGACCAUGCAUCUCAUCAGAAAACCAUUGAUCUAGUUAAGGAAUACAAUGCUCAAUUCGAAGACAAAGUUGUUGCCAUCAUGCUCGACACCAAGGGUCCCGAGGUUCGAAGUGGCGAUGUUCCUCGACCGAUUCAGCUUAAAGAGGGUCAAGAAUUUAAUUUCACUAUCAAAAGAGGAGUUAGUACGGAGAACACCGUCAGCGUAAACUACGACGACUUUGUUAACGACGUGGAAGCUGAAGACAUACUCUUGGUAGAUGGUGGAAUGAUGUCGUUAGCGGUAAAGUCAAAGACAAAGGAUUUGGUUACCUGUGAAGUAGUUGACGGCGGAGAACUGAAAUCAAGGCGUCAUUUAAAUGUGCGUGGAAAAAGUGCCACUCUGCCGUCAAUAACAGACAAAGACUGGGAAGAUAUCAAAUUCGGGGUGGACAACCAAGUUGAUUUUUAUGCUGUUUCUUUCGUGAAGGAUGCUAAAGUAGUCCAUGAGUUGAAAGAUUACCUUAAAGGUUGCAAUGCAGAUAUUGAUGUGAUUGUGAAAAUCGAAAGUGCUGAUUCUAUACCAAAUCUUCACUCGAUAAUUUCCGCUUCUGAUGGGGCAAUGGUUGCUCGAGGAGACCUUGGAGCCGAACUUCCAAUUGAGGAGGUUCCUUUAUUGCAGGAGGAUAUCAUCAGAAGGUGUCGCGAUAUGCAUAAACCAGUAAUCGUGGCAACAAACAUGCUUGAAAGUAUGAUUAAUCAUCCUACGCCAACAAGAGCCGAAGUUUCUGACAUCGCGAUUGCUGUUCGAGAAGGUGCUGAUGCAGUUAUGCUUUCUGGUGAAACUGCACACGGAAAGUAUCCGAUUAAAGCUGUUAAAGUUAUGCACACCGUGGCAUUGAGGACAGAGUCAAGUCUUCCAGUCAGUGUUAUGCCUCCGGUUCGUUUUAAUGCUCACAAGGGCGUUCUUUUGCAGAGUCAUAUGGGUGAAAUGUUCGCUUUCCAUUCAACAACAAUGGCUAACACUCUUGAUACACCAGUCCUGGUUUUUACAAGAACCGGAUCCAUGGCUAUACUAUUGAGUCACUACCGUCCUUCCUCUUCGAUCUUUGCCUUCACAAACGAGGAAAGGAUUAAGCAGAGACUGGCACUUUAUCAAGGUGUGAUACCGAUAUAUAUGCAGUUUUCAGAUGAUGCGGAGGAGACGUUUUCCCGAGCACUCAAGCUGUUAAGGGACAAGAAUUUGGCGACGGAGGGGGACUCUGUUACUCUCGUCCAAAGUGGAGCACAACCGAUCUGGCGUCGCGAAUCCACCCAUCACAUCCAAGUUCGAAAAGUCGAACCAUGAUUCUCUUAUGCAAGAAUAAAGACUCUUUUUCUUGUCACAAGUUCCUAAAGAGUUGGUAAAGACACUCUUUUUCUUUGUCACAGAAGUUACUAAAGUGUUGGUAAAUGAUAUACAUGUACUCAAUUUU